UUACCGGUCCCUCCUCAAUAUGUUGAAAUGAGUACUUAUGAAGAUAAGGAUGGAAAUAAAAUGGUGGAAAAUGAGCAAUCACAUCCCUCUCUAGAUGUCCAGUCACCAUCUGAUGAAAUAAAAUGUAGGGAGACUCCACCAACUUUCACACCUGAAUCUGCUCUUUUUGCCUCUUUGCAGACAAAGAGUUCUGAAACAGAACCUUUGGCAUCAGGUGAAGACAAACAAGAGCGAGAAGAUGCCACUAAGAAUCCUAGCUUUGAAUCUGAAGGUCAGGGUAACACAGAGGAGGACAUUAAGGAGGAUUUACUUCUAGUAAAUUUAGUCACUGUUGGUGAGCAGUGUGGAACAGAUGAUUCAGUUUUGCAUGCCAACAGCAUUGACCAAAAUGAAUCCACUGAAGGCUGCAAUUCUGAUAGUGCAGGUACAGAAAAACACCCUGAGCAAGUUGGUAAUGCAACGCCAGAAAAAAGUCUGACUUCUCAAACUGUGUCAUGUUCCACUCAUGAAAUGGAGGUCAAAGAAGAGGAUGAAGAAACACUAGUCCAGAAGAGAAAAGAAGUAGAGAAGAGAGUUGUUAUGAGGAAUGCCACAAGAGAAACAAGUCCUCAAGAAAGGGAUGACAUAUCAGUUGGAGAUAUUCACAAAAGAAUGGAAUUGGAGCAUGAACAGGAUGAAUGCCAGGUAGUUUAUGAAAAACAUAAUCUUAUCUCAGAUGUAGAAAUGGUUAAUCAUGUGACUGGCUCAAAACCCCAGACCAGCAAUGAACUUAUGGCCAUGAAAACCAAUCCUCCUGUUGCCUCUUUGCAUUCCAUUCCUGCUAUGUUGGAAAAAUCCCCCGAAAAACCAGUUGUGCUUGAGCUGGAGUGUCUUAGCUCAAGUGUUGAAGAAGUGAUGAAUGGAGGGGAUAUGCAGGGAGGAGAAGAAAGCAAUAGGGAGAAUGACCAGUCUCCAGGAAACAUCCUGGAGAGGUUCCUGACAUCAAGACAAAGAGCAACUGCAGACAUGGAAACUGAAAGGAGCCACCAAAAACAGAUUUUGGGCGGCACCGCUGAAAAUGAGGUGCAGUUUCUUGGAGGCCCAGAGAUCAAGGUUGAAGAAAACAACUCAAAUCCUCUGCAGGUUACAUCAUCCUGUCAGAAUAUACAGAGUCCCUGUGUCCAACCAGAACAUCAUCAAGAUAUAAGAAGUGUUCUGGUGAAAGAGGAAAGCAGUUCUGUGUUGAACAAUACUCAGGAUCUGCAAGGCAGCAAACACAUGCGGUGGAAUCUGGAACCAGUCAGCAAUGAGAACAUGGACAUCCCAU